CUGUGGGGCAGCUUCACUUUCCAUUGCAAAGUCAAGAUAACUGGAAUUUUAAAUAAUUGAAUGCAUGCGGACAGACUUCCUCUUCACCCCCAGCUGUGAUGAUCCCAAACUGCAGAGGAAAAUGCUCAACAGUGGGGGAGACAGGAAGCUGCAUGAGCUGUUACAGGGCCCAUGGAGGGGAAAGGGCACUUUGCAUGAUGGACUCUGUCCCUCACCACCCUGGAUUCCAUUCUGCCUGGAGUUCUGAGAGAUAACAGCAAGUUCACGUACAGGAUGUCUCCUGGAACAUGCUGUUUUGCUGAGACCUCAAAGGUGUCAGUUCGACGAGAUGGAUGACUUCUUUUUGGCUGUUUCUUUCCUAAGUCAGCUCCAGGAAACCACUCUCAGAGGCAGAGGGCCUAUGAGGCUGCCUGCUGAGGACCACAAGGCUGGAGAAGGAAAAGGGUGAAAAACUCGUGCUGGAGGAAACUGCGAUUGAAGAAAUUGAAAGAGACUUUCAGGAGGUCCUCAAUGAGCUUUCGGGAGACAAAAGUCUGGAAAAAUUCAGGGUUGAAUAUGAGAAACUUCACAAUAUCAUGAGAAAGUCUUACGACAAUGAGAAGCGCCUCAUGGCCAAAUGCAGAGAGCUGAAUGCAGAGAUUGUGGUGAACUCCGCCAAGGUGGCCACCGCCCUGAAGCUUUCUCAGGACGACCAGACCACCAUCGCGUCUCUCAAGAAGGAAAUUGAAAAGGCCUGGAAGAUGGUGGACUCGGCAUACGAUAAGGAGCAGAAGGCCAAGGAGACGAUUCUUGCCCUGAAAGAGGAGAUAGUGAACCUGACCAAACUAGUUGAGCAGGGGUCUGGACUGUCCCUGGACCAGGAUAGCAACAUCCGAGAUUUACUGAAGUUCAAGGAAGAGGUGACAAAGGAGCGCGAUCAGCUCCUGUCGGAAGUGGUGAAGCUGCGUGAAAACCUAGCCCAGACCACCGAACAGCAGCUGGAAACGGAGCGCGCCAAGGAAGAGGCAGAACACAGUAUCAACCAGUUCCAACAAGAAAUUCAGCACCGUCAGAAUGAAGCGUCCAGGGAGUCUCGGAAGAAGGAAAAGCUGGAGAAAGAGCUCAAGCAGAUCCAGAUGGACAUGGACAGCAGGCAGACAGAGAUCAAAGCCUUGCAGCAAUACGUGCAGAAGAGCAAGGAGGAGCUCCAGCGCCUGGAACAGCAGCUCAAAGAGCAGAAGAUACUGAACGAGAGAGCUGCGAAGGAGUUGGAGCAGUUUCAGAUACGGAAUUCGAAACUCCAGCAGGAGAACGAACAGCACUCUUUGACUUGCGAGCAGCUGUCCCAGGAAAACCAGCAGAAGGCCCUGGAGCUCAAAGCCAAAGAGGAGGAAGUCCAUCAGAUGCGCCUUGACAUCGGGAAGCUUAACAAAAUCAGAGAACAGAUCCAUAAGAAACUGCACCUGAUCGAAGACCAAAAGGCAGAAGUGGAACAGCACAAGGAAACCCUGAAGAAUCAGAUCAUGGGGCUAGAGAGAGAGGUGGAGUCUUCAAAGAAGCAGGCAGAACUGGAUAAGAAGGCCAUGGAUGAGCUUCUGAGAGAGAGGGACAUACUAAAUAAGAAUAUGCUUAAGGCCCUCAGUGCGACCCAGAAGCAGGUGGACCUGGUGAAGCUCCACGAGCAAGCCAAGAGGAACCUGGAGGACGAGAUCCAGAACUACAAGGACGAGGCCCAGAAGCAGAGGAAGAUCAUCUUUCAACUGGAAAAGGAGCGCGAUCGGUAUAUCAACGAGGCCAGUGACCUCACCCAGAAGGUCCUUGCAAACAUGGAAGACAUUAAAGUCCGUGAAAUACAGAUUUUUGACUACAGGAAGAAAAUUGCUGAAUCAGAGACUAAACUAAAGCAGCAACAAAACCUGUAUGAAGCCGUGAGGUCAGACAGGAACCUGUACAGCAAAAACUUGGUGGAGGCUCAGGAUGAAAUAACAGAGAUGAAGAGAAAGUUAAAGAUCAUGACGCAUCAAGUGGACCAGCUGAAGGAAGAGAUCUCCGCCAAGGAGUCGGCGCUAGUGAAGCUGCACCUGGAGCAACAGCGCAUCGAAAAGGAGAAGGAAACCCUGAAGGCUGAGCUGCAGAAGCUGAGACAGCAGGCCCUGGAGACCAAGCACUUCAUUGAGAAGCAGGAGGUGGAAGAGCGGAAACUCUUGCGCAUCAUCGCCGAGGCUGACGGGGAGAGGGUGCGGCAGAAGAAGGAGUUAGACCAGGUCAUCAGUGAGAGAGACAUCCUCGGGUCUCAGCUUGUUCGGCGCAACGAUGAGUUAGCCCUGUUGUACGAGAAGAUCAAGAUCCAGCAGUCUGUGCUGAACAAAGGCGAGACCCAGUAUAACCAGAGGGUGGAGGACAUGCGUAUCCUUAAGCUGGAGAUCAAGAAGCUGCGCAGGGAGAAGGGGAUCCUCGCCAGGAGCGUGGCGAACGUGGAGGAACUCAGGCAGGAGCUUUUCCACAUGCAAAGAGAAUUCUUGAAGGAAAGGACAAGAUGUCGAGCCCUGGAGGAGGAGCUGGAGAACCCCAUGAAUGUGCACAGAUGGAGGAAGCUUGAGGCCAGUGACCCCAGUACCUUUGAGCUGAUCCAGAAAAUUCACACCCUGCAGAAGCGACUCAUCAGCAAGACAGAAGAGGUGGUGGAGAAGGAGCUGCUCCUUCAGGAGAAAGAGAAGCUGUACGUGGAACUGAAGCACGUCCUGGCCCGGCAGCCUGGCCCCGAGGCUGCGGAGCAGCUGCAGAUCUACCGGCACACGCUGCGGGAGAGGACCAAGCAGCUGAAAGUUCUGUCAUCAGAGCUGAAUAUGUAUGAAUCCCAGAGCCAGGAGUACAAGUAUGAGAUCGAGAGACUUGGCAAUGAAUUGGUGACAUUGAAGAAGAAAUACCUGGCUCAGAAACGCAAAGAACUCAUUCAAAAAAACAAAGACAGAAUACCCAUGAACAACAUCUUCUCAGGGUCCAAGCAGUCUGGCCCUCGCUUUACUGGGGGUGGAUUUCCCCUCAACCACUCAUCCAAGGUGAAGUUGUAACUGGAAGUUGCUGGUUGGAUCAAACUCAACAGCUCAGGAAAUUUACUCUGGAGCCUUGUGGCAGAAUUGCCCUCUAAAUCCCUCAGAUCAUAGAUUUCUAGAAAAGCUGGCGGCCAGCUUUCCAGAAUGGGAUGAGGUGAACAACUAUCAAUGUUUCGUUUAUAAGAGCAAUGACGUCGUACCCGAAGCACAUGGACAUUAACAGACUGUAAUUGGAGCUCUUUAACUAGGCUGGCCCUUGGCAUAGAGCUGAUCUCUUGUUACAAUCCCACUGACUGACUUAAGAUGCACCAGGUUUAGAAAUUCGGGCUGGGUGAAGCUUUGGGUAUUAACUUCUCUAUCAUAGAUAUUUGAGCACUUGAAGAUUUUUGUAUGUAAAAAUAUUUUAUAUGGAAAAAUGCAGCGCAUGUCCUCCCGUCUUAUUAGUGAAAAUCUGUUUUAAUUAUUCCUCAUUAACAAGUCAUGGGAUGAAAGCAGGACACGCUAGUGGGAUUUCAACGGAGUAUGUUAAGAGUGGUUUCCAUUUCAGGCCUGGGGUAGGGAAAUCCAGUCUGAAGAGAAAUGCCAAUAAAUAACUUCAUCAUAAAAAAAAACUUUGUAGAGACAUUGAUCUUUGCUUUGGUAGAGCCUGUCAUUAAAGUUUAAAAUGACUGAGAGAAAUGUUUAACGUAAGGAUUUGAGUCAGAGGACCCAAGACUGAAAAUGGAAGGAUUCGCUGCUGUACUUCGGAGGCCUUGUGCUUGAAGGUGGAGUUGUUUAGCACCAGGAUCUGUUUGGCUCUCAGGCUGCCACAUAGCACUUUGAGCCACAGAAUCCUGAUGUGGGAUGCCCCUUUGUGUGCAGUAAAUAUGUUUUGUUACCAUUGGUUAAUAAAGAAGCUGAUUUUGGCAUAAUAGAGUCAAGCGGGAAAUCUAAGCAAAGAUAAAGGGAAAAAGAAGGCAGAGUUAGAGAGAUGCCAGCAGCCACUGGGGAAGCAAGAUGUGAUGCAAGAAACCAUGAGUCUUGUGGUAAAAUAUAAUAUAAUAGAAAGGGUUAAUUUAAGAUGUUAGAGCUAGCUAAUAAUAAGCCUGAGCUAAUAGGCCAAACAGUUUGCAAUUAAUAUUAGGCUUCAGAAUGGUUAUUUGGGAACUGGCGGGCGGGAGAAAAUCCUCUAGUUACAGAUUUCACUGUGUUUUCUUUUUUGUUGAAGACCCAAUUAUGUGAGCAUCAUUCACAGUUACUUUAUUCAAUGUUCACUCAGUAAUACCUUGGCCAUCUCUCUUACAAUAACUUCAUUUCUGUAUUUUUUUUUUAAAAUUACCAAAGAGCAAGUAUCUCAGGAAUGAACAAGAGCACCGUUGUGGGACAUUUGUGUACUCUGUGAAGAUGAGUUGCUGUGAUUGGUGUAAUAAAGAGGUGAAUAGCCAAUACCUAGGCAGGAGAGGACAGGCGGGACUUCCAGAAGAGAGAGAAAGGAAGUCAGAGGGAUUAAUCUAGGUGCAGGAGAUGCCAACAGGAUGUGGAACAAGUUAGACGUACAGGAGAGAGGAAAGGUAAUCCAGCCGUGUGAUGGAAUGCAGACUAGUAGAAACAGGUUAAUUAAGUUAUAAGAGCUAGUUAGAGAAAGCCUAAACUAAGGCUACACUUUCAUAAUUAAUAAUAAGUCUCUCUGUCAUUAUUUUUGGGCUGGCAGUCCUGACAAGAAAGCUUACUACAUAAUAUAAGUGAAACAUUUGAAUGUUCCAUCUGUGUUCAUGGCCAUGAUUCCCAAGGUCAGCAUCAUCAUCCAAGAUGCUUGAUCAGAUGGUACCAGAAGGUGGGACUGAAUUGAGUCCACUGAGGCUGGGGCUAUCGCUUAGGUGAGGCUCCCCAGAAGCUGACCAAUGACAGAGGAGUCCAUGAGAGUGUUUUACUACGUGGUGAUUCCACAAAAGCAGGAAAGAGGAUGCGGAAGUGAAAUAGCAGGCCAUGGAAGGCAUGCAAAGUCAAUCUCUGUUUGCAGCAGAACAUAGAAUACACUCUCGUCAGUGCUCAGAGUUUUACCAUGAGGGAUGAUAGGGCUUGGAUGACUAUAGCCUCACACUGUUAGCCACCAGCCAAGGGCUGUUCUGCAGGGACUCUUCUGGUUCUCCCUGCCUGUAGGCAAUGCAGGCCCUUGCUGCUCCCUGGCAGGCCUUGGACAAAGGGAUAGCAGGUAUUGACUGCUGAAGUGGAAAAGGUUAAGAGGUCAAGGGGACAUGGGAUAGCUUGUGUCAUCCCAUGCUGCUCUCUGAUUUGGACCAGAGUAAGACGGUCGGUCACAGGUAGAAAGAAACCUUAGUGUCCAUGGAGAUAUUGUGAGGUGUUCUCCUAAGCCCUUUGAGCACUGUACAUGGGUGGAGAAAACGGGGAUGUUUCCUAGAGAAGUUACCAAGAACAUUUUAAAUCCAGAAGAUCACAAUGGGAGCCAGAUAUGGGUGAUGCAUGCAAUGGCAGAGACAGAGGAUUGGGAAUUCAGGCCAAUCUUGAUUACAAGGCCAGUCAGAUUUAAGCCUGUGCUACAGAAGACCUUGUUUCAAAACAAAUGAAUGUACAAAUCAGUAGAGUUAGGUAAGGUGGUGCAUGCCUGUAAGUCCUGCACUUGGGAGGCAGAGAGAGGGUGAUCACAAAUUCUAUCUUCGUGUGGACAAGGAUAAGGGUGGUUAUAUCUCAGUGGUAGAACCCUUUCUUGGGUGUACAGUGUUCUAUAUUUAAUGCUAAGCACUAAAAAAAAAACACAGUGGAACCAUUUCCAUUUCUAAAAAGUCACCAACGAUAUUUUCCCUCAGAGCAAUACAUUGUGUAGAUAAAGCUAACCCUUACUGUUUCCCAUCUGUGCAGAGACGUUUUCUGAACUAUAACUAAGGGCAAGUUCAUUCUGAGCUGUUGAGAGGGCUCUCUAGAAGAGGCUCACCUCUGAUUCUUGAUCGAUCCCAGGAUGGCAAAGAUCCUGAAGCCAUCUUCUGGGUUCGCAGCCUGACUCGUAACAGUGAGUUGUUCUGAAGUGUGGAUGAAUUCCAUCACAUAAGCUUAGAGUACUGCCGGGCAUAGAGUGUGCAAUGUGUACGUGUAUGUUUGUGCACAUGUAUAGUGGAUACACAGAAGAGAGAACUAAUAUGUCUGGGGAAGAAAAGCAGCUACAUAAUUCUUACAAACUCUAAAGGUGAUUCUACAAUGCUCAUACAGGGUGGAUGACAUUCAAACGUCUGGAUGAAGCUUGAUUUGGUAAUUAGUUUAUAAUUACCACACUGUGUAAAAUGCCACAUUGUGUGCUUUAUGAA